AUGAAGUUUAACAUUACUACCGUAACUUUGGUUCUCCUCGCUGCCAGCACUUUGGCUGUUCCAACUCCAAGUGAAGGCAAUACCAAGGACUUAGAUUUGGCUCUUGAAACGCGUUCUUCUGGUAAAUACUACAAAGAAGGAAAAGCAAAAGAAGGCAACUCCAAAGCGAAGAAGGUUACUAAGAAACAGAAAUUAAAUGAAAAGACCGACCAAAAUGUAGAAAAGAAUGCUAAACACGUAGACUCGAAAGAGAACCAAGCUGAAAAGCACGAAAAACAAGGUGUAAAGAAUAAGUCUCAAGGUGAAUUGAAAGUGAAUCACGACAAAACGAAACAACAACAUGAUGAAAAGAAUUUGAGCCACAAAAAUGAGAAAUUGCAAAAAGCUGAAAAUAAUAAGCAACACGGAUCAAAGAAACAGGAAGAGGGAGAAAUUAUUAAUAAAAAUGGAAAAAAGAAAUUCAAAACAAAUGAAGAAAUUUAUGGCUCUGAUAAUGAGAAACACUUAAAUAAGAAUUUGAAACAAGAUACAUACAACGAGGAACAUGACAAAAAGAACAAGAAGAAUAACAACACGCAAGCUAAAUUCUCACAUCAAAAUGAGAAAUCGCAUGAAGAGAAUGCGAAAGAUGCUAAUAAGAAAGUGAAGAGCGAUGAUAAGAAAGUGAAGGCUGGUGUAAAGAAAGAUAAAAACGUAGAAAAGAAAGAGAAAGUUCAAGAAAAGCAAAAGAAACAACAAGAGGUGAAAGGAAAAAAGGUUCAAUAUUAA